AUGCUAACUGGACCGUGUUGCGAUGCAGAUAUUGCCGCCAUGCCUCUUCCUGACACAUUCUACUGUGCCCAGCAAAUUAACACUCCCCCCGAGCUGCCAGACAUCCUGAAAAACUUCACCAAGGCAGCCAUCCGAACACAGCCCAGGGAUCUGCUGGUGUGGUGUGCAGCAUACUUCAAUGCACUGGCUAAAGGAGAGUGUUUGCCGGUCAAGGAGAGGCUGGAGAUGAAUGUUGCCACCCAGAAGAAUGACACCGGGUUGACCCCAGGGCUAUUGAAGACCCUUCACAAGCAGCUGUCCCCUAAACACAGAUGCAGCACAAAGGACCUGCAAACAAAAUGGAAAGGUCUGUGUCUUCCCGCUGAUCUGCUGCAAAACCUGCUGUCCUUGGGCAGCUUCGGCUCUGAAAUAGACUGGAUGGAGUUUUUUGCCCUGGGCUGCAGCGCUCUGGGAGGGUCUAGUUUAGGGUGUGGGCCAAAUCCAGACAUCCACGCUUCAGACUUCUCCAUCGGGGUCCCGGAGACCCUCAUAAGCACCCUGAAGUUUGCUUGUGAGAUCCUGACAGACGAUGAGGAGGGCGGACCUGCAAGGAUCCCGUUUGAAACUUAUGUCAAACUCUACACCUACCUGGGUCGCCUAGAAGGGGACACGCAGGACGACAUCGACAACUUCCUCAGCAGCCUGCGGCCUCAAGUGGAUCUCCAACACGGGAUGAUAAAGCCUUUGGACUUUAUUCAGAGGGAUGAUAUGGACAAAACUGGAUCUGGUUCCUCCAAUUUUCUCAGAGCAACGUCAAAACCUGAAUAAGGCAAGGUUUAAAACUACAGCAGUCAGUGUUUACAGUUGAAAGGAAAGCUGAAUCCUGACUGUUCUAUUCAUGCACUCGCAUUUUUACAUGUGACUCAAAGAAAGAAUCAUCUUACCUACCUUUUUGGAAUAUGGGAAAACACAACACACUAAAGGAAAAUUAUGACCCAGGUUGACAUCUUAUCACUUGGACAUUUCUCAAGUCACUUUGGAAAGUUGGAAUGUAAUAGCUUUGUUUUUGUAUCGGCCAUAAAUCAUAGAUGACAAACCUCCAAUUUUGAUUUGAGGGCUGAUUUGGCAAUGUGGCACCAAAGUAAACACAUCGUUAUGGAUGAUGUGUGAGGUGUGAAAUGUAUCUUGGUCAAUAUGUAUUCUUUGGCAAAAGGUUUAUUUACAAGGCAGAGCAGUUUCUGAUGUGUCCUUUAAAUGGUUUUCUUAGUUGAGACCAAAACACUUUAAAAGGUUAAACUAAUGGUGCAAUGUUUUAUUUUUUUAGUAUAGUCAUUAUUUCAGUCAGUGGAAAUUGAUUAAGGAGCCAACACAGCUUCAGGGCCCAGUCUGACAGCAAAAAGGCAGAAAUUCUUUUAAAUCUAGCACUGAGACUAAGGUUGCCUUGUUGAGUAGUGGGGGAAACAUUGCUUUGUAUCAAUGAAAUCAUCAGCACAGUGCAAAAAUCUUGACCCACUUCUCAUAUCAGUAAACAUUCUCAGGUAAUCAGGGGGAAAGUGUAACAAUUUAACUGAAGGAGCAAGAAUAAAUGAAAAUGCAGCAUAAGAGAAAGGAGGCCUUCCUCCACGUUAAACAUUCACAAAAAUGACCACCUGACAGCCAGCUUUUCACAGAGACAUUUCUGAUAAGACUUUGACAAACAGUAAAUGAAGCAACCAGAGGGUCCAAUAAAUCUCUCGGGCCCUGGAUUUUCCCCGCUCAUGUCAUAUUCAGAUGAUGUUAAAUGAUGGCAGAUUGAUUUUUGAGACCUGUCAAAUCUGAUUUAGCCUGUUGCCUGUUCAGUUUCAGCACACCAGGCUGAUAUAUGCCUUAUUUUCUAUUACAAAUCUAAUUUUUAGUCCCAAAAAGUAGCAUUUCAUUUCUGUUAAACUGUGAUCUUUGCAUUUAUUCCAUCCAUCCAUUAUCGUAACCGCUUAUUCCCUACUGGGGUUGCGGGGGGAAUGGAGCCUAUCCCAGUAGUCAAUGGGCGAGAGGCGGGGUACACC